AUGCUCACGUUCUACAUCCUCCUCCUGUUACUGAGCAUCAAGCACAGCACAGCCGGCUCGGCGGAGAAGACCCACCAGCGGCCAAAGAGGUUGAAUCCGCAGAUCAUUGGAGGCAGCGACUCCAGGCCAGGAGACUGGCCCUGGCAGGUCAGCGUGCAGAAGGACAAGACACACAUCUGUGGAGGAUCCAUACUGGACAGUUGGUGGGUGUUAACCGCAGCACACUGCGUCAGGAAACUGAGGGCGGAUCACAUCUCGGUGAAUAUGGGGACGAUUAACCUCAGACGCAAUGGGGGAGAGAGGCACAAGGUGGCAGAAGUCAGGGUUCACCCUGACUUCAACCUUUCCACCUUCGAGGCAGACGCGGCCCUGCUCCAGGUGAAGCCUCGCAUCAAGUUCAGUCAGAGCCAGGACCCAGUGCUGCUGCCUCCAGACGAAGAGAUGGACACCAGCUCCUGGGCACCCUGCUUUGUCAUCGGAUGGGGUGUGACCAGAAACGAGAAGCGACCGGCCAUCCUGCAGGAGGUGGAGGUGGAGCUGAUCGACUGGCAGCACUGCCAGAAGUGGGCGCCCGGGAUCACCGAGAACAUGGUGUGCGCCGGCUUCGAGGAAGGCGGGAGAGACGCCUGCCAGGGUGACAGUGGCGGUCCGUUGAUGUGCCAGGGUCCAAACUCGGAAUCGUGGAUACAGAUCGGGAUUGUGAGCUGGGGGAGCGGCUGUGGAGAGUCCCGAAGCCCAGGGGUAUACACGCUGCUGUCAAAGUACGUCGACUGGAUCAAGAACUCGACCUCUGAGGCGGGUAAACCUUACACCCCCAGGCGGGAAAACACAAACAAGCCAUCGAGAGAAGAAUCGGACCCAAACUCUACACCCGAGCUCAUGGCGAUCUUCAGAAGGGAGAUGAAUCAGAGUGUGGCUGAAUCUUUCACCAUCUCAGGAAGCUGUCGAAUCAGAGCCUUCCUCUCAAUGAUUACAGUUACCUGGAGAAUUCUGAUCUACAUGAUUGAUGAAUAA